GACAGCGUAAGUAUUGUGUGAGGUUGUUACAUGUAAAACUCCACCAGAUGAAGGUCAUCGCCAUGGUGCCCAAUGUUGAUACCGAUUUAGACAGCGUAAGUAUUGUGUGAGGUUGUUAUAUGUAAAACUCCACCAGAUGAAGGUCAUCGCCAUGGUGCCCAAUGUUGAUGCCGAUUUAGACAGCGAGUACCACUUUGUCAGGAGUAAUGAAUACGCUUUAAUCUGCCACAAGCUGCGAAGAAUCACAGACCCAAAACAAAAACAGAAGCUUGAUGAUUAUAACGUUGGACUUGUAAUUACCCAUGAUUCCCAGCAAGUGAACUUUCAGAGUGAGGCUGAACGGACCUUACUGAAGUUGAACUACUAUGUGGUGAUGACGAGCUGUAGAGAGCUUUUCCCCAAGGCCACCAUCGACAGUAAGGUUGGCACCAAGGGUGUGUUCCUGGAGGAGCUCAGAGAUCGAAGCAAGCCUGUCCCGGUAAAGCAGCACAUCGGAGUGAGACAGGAGACAUUGAAGACCUCCCGUACGUCCGACGUCCACGACACGCCAGGGUACAACCUGCUCAUGGAGGAGGCACAACUUGCAAGGGAGAAAAUUGAGAGCAUGGUGGAAGUUUCGACAGAAAAAUGUCGUAAAGAUUUGUUGUGGCAGCGCAUGUUGGUCGGGGAACAAUCCGAGGAGGACGGGAGACGUAAAAAACGCAGCGAGACGGAAGAGAGUCGAGAUUGGUACCAGAAGCUGUCGUUUGAGGAGUUCCUGGAGCUAUUGGCGAAGGUUGUGAGGACGCCAUUGGGUGAGCUUGACCCGAUGCUCAUCCAGCUUCAGACCAUGAACUUCCUGUGGUACAAAGGCCUGUUCCGGGUCAUACAGACGCAUUAUCCUGACACGCAUCGCUGCUUCUUCAGUCACGAUGGACAAACACAGUACAUUCUCAUCCUCAAUCCUAACUACCUGGACAUGUUUAUGAUGCUGAUGUUGGACAACACGGAGAAAAGGACAGAACUGUGUGCGAUAUUCCGAGAGUCCUUCACAGACCAGGAACACAGUCCAGAGAACCCUAACCUGAAUGUACUGGGCAUGCACUCACAUGUGGAGGACUUUGUCAAUGUCUGCUGCUACCACCUCUGGGCGUCCAUGGUGUGACAUCACAGACACAUGAAGUGCCAUCACAGGUGUGCCGUGGCAUCACAGCCAAAGGCAGUGACAUCACAUGACAGUGUGACAUCACAGAGCAAAAAUAAAAUACAUGAUAAAUAAUGGUGUGACAUAUCACAGACACAUGAAAUGACAUCACAGGCCAACAAAAUGACAUCAUCGGUGUGCAAUGACAUCACAGCCCCAGGAAGUGACGUACAUCACAUGACAGUGUGAAAACACAGAGCAAUUUUUUUUUUUAUAUGUAACUGUGUGACAUUACAAGUCUGCGUAAUGAUUGCACAGGUCAACAGCAGUGUCACAGGUCAACAGCAGUGUCACAGGUCAACAGCAGUGUCACAGGUCAACAGCAGUGUCACAGGUCAACAACAUGACAUCACAUGUAAUAGUGUGGCAUUUUGAUAUCACAGGUGUACAUAAUCACAUCAUAUAUGUAAUUAUCAACUUACAUGAUUACAAUGAGAAACACUUUAGGUGAUAUAUUUGUCUAAACAAAAACAUUCAUUAGAGGCCAUCUGUGACAGUCCGACGUCUUCUAGAGGCCAUCUGUGACAGUCCGACGUCUUCUAGAGGCCAUCUGUGACAGUCCGACGUCUUCUAGAGGCCAUCUGUGACAGUUCGACGUCUUCAAGGAAGUGUUCACAUUUGUGUGAAAACAUACUUUUAAGUGGACUGUGGAAGUGCUAAAGCAGUAUUCACGUGACAUUGAGGCUAGGGACAUCAAGUUUGGUGUCCUAUAGACAGGGGAGACUGGUACCAAGCAGUGUUGAGCUCAAACUUUAGGGCAUGAGAUUAUGUUUUUAUUGAAAAUUCUUCAGUCUUCCCUUAAUCUACAAAUUGAAACCAAGGUUAGUGAUAUCCAUGUGUGCACGGUAAUUAAUAAUUCUUUUUAUCUACUUCGUAUAAAGGAAAACUUAUGUGUGCAUUGCAACCAAGUACACAGCAUAUUGAAAGUAAGGAGGCUGAAUUUUGAGCUUGACAUAUGUAAGAGUUUAGAGAGUAUUUUUUUUUAAGCAUAAUUAAAUUUUAUACAAUGGAGAAUGAGAUCCAGGAUCCGCUAGAAGUAUUUUCAGCAAGGAUCAGCCUACCCCAGUUAAUGGAUUCCUAGAUAGAAUUCACUAGUCAGGCCAGACGAAUUUCAAAAGAAGAUAUAACCAUACAACAUGAAAUGGGGAGUCUCGUCAACUUCGAUUUUUAACUUAAAACUGAAUUUUAUGAAAUUAAUAUACUGUAGAUUUCAAAAUGUUUUCAGUCCUGUAUCAGUUUGAACAUAAAAAUUGUGGAAGAUUCUUUUCUUUAUGAUUUGACUAUUGUUGAAAAACAGUUUAAACAUAAAAUUAUGGAAGAUUCUUUUCUACAUGAUUUGACUAUUGUUGAAAAGCUAUCAGAUAAUCAUCACGAUAUAAUGGGUA